AGUUUGGAAUUUCGUUGCCUCUUCAGGAAGAAGAUGAGAAGCCGCGGCAGCCAUGGAAAACGCGCGGCUCUCAUCAAUCUCGUUGUCACAUGGAUUAUACUGCUUACUUCGUGCCGAGUCCCGCCGGCGGAGUCGACUCGGCCUCCAUUCGCGUGCGAUGACUCAUCCGAUCCAGCAACCAAAUCCUACGCAUUCUGCAAAUCGACGCUGUCGAUCGGGGAACGAGUCCGGGACCUGGUCUCCCGCCUGACGCUGGACGAGAAGGUGUCGCAGCUCGUCGACUCGGCGGCGGCGAUUCCGAGACUCGGCGUGCCGGCCUACGAGUGGUGGUCGGAAGCUCUGCACGGAGUUGCGAGUAUUGGCGGCGGCGCGGUGGCCCAGGGCAUCAGAUUCGAUGGCGCGAUUCGCGCCGCCACCAGCUUCCCCCAAGUUAUCGUCACUGCCGCCACUUUCGAUGCCCAACUCUGGUACCGCAUUGGCCAGGCAAUUGGGAAAGAGGCCAGAGCAUUGUACAAUGAGGGGCAAGCAACAGGGAUGACAUUUUGGACACCAAACAUAAAUGUGUUUAGGGACCCAAGGUGGGGAAGAGGGCAAGAGACCCCUGGAGAGGACCCUUCGGUUGCAGCUAAAUAUGCAGUUUCAUUUGUGAGAGGAGUUCAAGGGGACAGUUUUGAAGGUGGGGAGCUUAAGGAUGGACACCUUAUGGCCUCUGCCUGCUGCAAGCACUUCACUGCCUAUGAUUUGGACAAUUGGAAGGGUUUCAAUCGCUUUGGCUUCAAUGCUAUUGUGACUAAGCAGGACUUGGCAGACACAUACCAACCACCAUUUCAUAGUUGUAUAGAACAAGGAAGAGCCAGUGGGAUAAUGUGUGCUUAUAACCAGGUGAAUGGGAUUCCAAACUGUGCUGAUUACAAUCUCUUGACCAAGACCGCUCGUGAAGAUUGGGGUUUUCAAGGGUACAUCACAUCAGACUGCGAUGGGGUUGUUAUGAUCAAUGAGGCUCAAGGAUAUGCUAAAACACCAGAAGAUGCUGUCGCUGAUGUUCUUAAAGCUGGCAUGGAUGUUGAGUGUGCUGCUGGAAAAAGGCCCUUCUUGAACAAUUACACAAAAUCUGCUCUUGAACAAGGAAAACUACCUAUAUCUGAAGUAGACAGAGCCCUGCACAAUCUUUUUUCUGUUCGAAUGAGACUAGGACUGUUCAAUGGCAAUCCAAGCAACCGGCAUUUUGGAAACAUCGGUGCAAAACAGGUCUGUUCCCAAGAACACCAAGAUCUAGCCCUUGAAGCUGCGAAGAACGGUAUUGUCCUCCUCAAGAACUCCCAGAGGCUUCUCCCUCUCUCCAAGAACUCAUCUCUUGCUGUAAUUGGCCCCAAUGCCGAUGCAGUGGAGACAUUGCUCGGAGACUAUCAGGGCCCUCCAUGCAAACGCAUUUCACCUCUCCAUGCACUCCGGGGGCAUGUUAGCAACACAAAGUAUCACUCUGGUUGUAAUGCAGUAAACUGUUCUUCUGCUGACAUUGACAAGGCUGUGGAAAUGGCAAAAGCAGCAGAUUACGUGGUGUUGUUCAUGGGGUUGGAUCAAACCCAGGAGACGGAGUAUCAUGAUCGAGAGGACUUGGUGCUGCCGGGUAACCAACAGAGUCUGAUAGUUAAUGUGGCCAAAGCUGCGAAGAAGCCAGUCGUGUUGGUGCUGCUUUGUGGAGGUCCAGUUGACAUUUCUUUUGCGAAAAAGAACCUGAAAAUAGGAAGUAUCUUGUGGGCUGGUUAUGCUGGAGAAGCUGGAGGGAUUGCUCUUGCAGAGAUCAUCUUUGGUGACCACAACCCAGGAGGAAAAUUGCCUAUGACUUGGUACCCACAAGAAUUCACCAAAGUACCAAUGACAGACAUGAGAAUGCGCCCGGAUAACUCAGGCUACCCUGGGAGGACUUACAGAUUCUACACUGGGAGAAAAGUUUUCGAGUUUGGCCAUGGCCUUAGCUACUCAACAUACUCAUACAAGUUCGUCUCUGUAACCCAAACUAAGCUCCAUCUAAACCAAUUAUCAACUUCUCAUGCCCUUAAAGGCACCGAUUCAGUUCAUUCCUUGCAAGUACAAGACAUUGGUACAGAAAUGUGCUACAAGGCGAAGUUCUUGGCCGUUGUUGGAGUGGAAAACCAUGGAGAGAUGGACGGUAAACACCCAGUAAUGAUAUUUGCAAAGCAGGCAAAGCCAAGAAAUGGAAGUCCAAAGAAACAGUUGGUUGGUUUCCAGAGUGUGAGAUUGAAGGCAGGGGAAAGGACAGAGAUUGAAUUUGUAUUGAACCCUUGUGAGCACCUUAGCAGACCCAAUGAAGAUGGAUUGAUGGUGAUUGAAGAGGGCUCCUUUUUCCUAACUGUGGGUAAUACAAAGUAUCCCAUUUCUGUUGUGGCUUGAUGCUGAGGCCUUUGCUUCUUCACGUACUUGAGCCAAAAUUUUCAGGGAUAGUUACAGUUGAAAAGAAAAUAGAAAGUAAGAAUGGAAAUGGGCCGAGUGAAAUCGCGAGGCCUGUCGAGUUAGUGGGGUGGGCUUUGGGAAGCAAGUGAGCCCUAGCCGGCCCAGCAUAUGCAUUACGGUUUAUUUAAUUCUGUUUCUUGAAAAGAUACGUUUCCACUUUUUCCAGCGAGAAGAAGCUUAUCCUUUGAUUUUGUAUGAUUUGUUUCUAUUUAUCUAAUGAUAAAAGAAGUUGAAUAAUGACUA